AUGCAGUUGACUGCCUACUUCUUCUGGGGCUGCGGGAUUUUCUUAGCUUCAGGAUACAACUCCUUCAGUAGGAGCAUGGAGACGAUAGGCAAGAAGCAGUACCAGGUUCAGCAUGGGUCAUGCAGCUAUACCUUUCUUUUGCCCGAGACGGACAACUGCCGGUCUUCUACUUCUUACGUGUCCAACGCGGUGCAAAGGGACGCACCUUUAGACUAUGAUGAUUCAGUUCAAAGACUGCAGCUACUUGAAAACAUCAUGGAAAACAACACUCAGUGGCUAAUGAAGCUUGAGAAUUACAUCCAAGACAGUAUGAAGAAAGAAAUGGUAGAGAUCCAGCAAACUGCAGUGCAGAACCAGACUGCAGUAAUGAUUGAAAUAGGCACAAACUUACUAAAUCAAACAGCUGAACAGACCCGCAAAUUAACAGAUGUUGAAGCACAAGUAUUAAACCAGACAACCAGACUUGAACUUCAGCUUUUGGAACACUCUCUUUCGACAAACAAACUAGAAAGACAGAUUUCAGAUCAGACCAGCGAGAUAACUAAGUUACAAGAAAAAAACAGUUUUCUAGAAAAAAGAGUUCUAGAGAUGGAAGAUAAGCACACACUUCAGCUGAAGUCAAUAAAAGAUGAAAAAGAUCAACUUCAAGUCCUAGUAGCCAGACAGAAUUCUAUUAUAGAAGAACUAGAAAAACAGUUAGUUACAGCUACAGUAAACAACUCGGUUCUGCAAAAACAGCAACAUGAUCUGAUGGAGACUGUUCAUAACUUGCUUACUAUGAUAUCUACACCAAACUCUAAGAACAACUUCAUAGCUAAAGAGGAGCAAAUCAGCUUCAAAGACUGUGCUGAAGCUUUCAAAUCUGGACUGACUACAAGUGGAAUCUACACCUUGACAGUUUCGAACACUGUACAAGAAAAGAAGGCCUACUGUGACAUGGAAACUGGUGGAGGAGGUUGGACAGUUAUUCAGAGACGUGAAGAUGGUAGCGUGGAUUUUCACCGGACGUGGAAAGAGUACAAGAUGGGAUUUGGUGACCCUGCUGGGGAGUACUGGCUGGGAAAUGAGUUUGUUUCUCAACUGACUAAUCAGAAGCGUUAUGUUCUUAAAAUACACCUGAAAGACUGGGAAGGAAAUGAGGCAUAUUCAUUGUAUGACCACUUCUCUCUAGCAACUGAAGAACUAAAAUACAGGAUCUACCUUAAAGGACUUACUGGGACAGCGGGCAAAAUAAGUAGCAUAAGCCAACCAGGAAAUGAUUUUAGCACAAAGGAUGCAGACAAUGACAAAUGUAUUUGCAAAUGUUCACAAAUGCUAACAGGAGGAUGGUGGUUUGAUGCAUGUGGUCCUUCUAACCUUAAUGGAAUGUAUUACCCAUUACGACAGAACAACAACAAGUUCAACGGUAUCAAGUGGUACUAUUGGAAAGGCUCGGGAUACUCUCUCAAAGCCACAACUAUGAUGAUUCGACCAGCAGAUUUCUAAACGCUUUCGCAUGAUGUG